AUGGCAUCAUCCCCCAGCUCCGGGAUCCCCCCGGGGUUCCGAUUCCACCCCACUGAGGAGGAGCUUCUCCACUACUACUUGAGGAAGAAAGUGGCGCUGGAGAGGAUCGAUCUGGAGGUGAUCAGAGAGGUGGACCUGAACAAAGUAGAGCCAUGGGAGCUUCAAGGUAAGGGAACCCAGACACAGCUUGUUCAGGUUCAUGAAAUCUUCCGGAAGGGAUGGAUACGGCUCUUUUUGGUCUCUUUUUAUUUACCCGGAAUCAAACAUUUCCUCAGUCGGAUUAAAAAAUUCCAUUCUUGAGGAUAAAAUCCUUCUCACUCUAGAGUCGAGGUCAUUCGAGGAGUUCUCAUGGUAAUUUCCGAACAAGUCUCUUCCAAUUCGAAGUCGGUUUCAUUUCUAUUCGCUUGUACCAUCAAGAAACCAUAGAAUUCAUCAUUUACAUCAUCUGUGUUCUUGAGCCACUGAAGAGUCCCCUAGUUUGAUGACAAGAGAUUCAAUGGGAGAGAGAGAGAGAGAGAGAGAGAGAGAGGGAUCCAAUGAAGACACCAUCCCUCGCAAGCUAUGAUAGUCGCGUUAUAAUCCCCUUUAGUUAGACUUUUUUUUUGUUAUACAAUCUCUCGCAUUGAAUAAAAUAGUCUGUGAACUCGGCCAAUGCUCCCAUACAGAAUCACUACAUUUCCUGUCCAUUAUUCCUCAGAAAAUGCUCCUCUCUUGUUGACCUACAAUAUUUCAAAAAGUAAACAUAGGUGAAUAUGGCGUUGACAAUCACUCUCACUGCAACGACGUAAAAACAUUCAGGCAAUUCUACUUGCGUCUCAUUAAAAAAUAUUUCCAUUUUGAGCUCAUGCGAGAAUUCAACUUCUUAGGCUAAAACAACCCAACAAAUCGAUGAUGGUUGACCCACGUUGACUUUUGAUCACUACCGACUACUUCCCUCUACAUUUUUCAUCCAAUUACUUCCUCUGGCGACUUCACAGAGAAGUGCUCCAUCGGAGGUGCCCUACAAAACGAGUGGUACUUCUUCAGGCGCAAGGACCGGAAGUAUCCCACCGGUUUGAGGAUGAACAGGGCGACGGCCGCCGGGUUCUGGAAGGCCACCGGAAGGGACAAGUGCAUUAGGAGCCCCGAGAAGAUGAUGGGGAUGAGAAAGACCCUCGUGUUCUACCGAGGCCGAGCCCCAAAUGGGCAGAAGACCGACUGGAUCAUGCAUGAGUAUCGCCUCCAAGGAGACAAAACCGUGAGUGGUCAACUCUAGUCGCUCUGGCAUUGAGACUUCUAUCCUGCUGUUUAUUUUCCAAUUUAAUGGUUUUAUUUAUUUAUUUAAAAUAUUUUUCAUUGCCUGAUCUUGGAGCCUCAAUUUAGCUGAAAAAAUAAAAUUUAGAGAGGAAAAUUGGCCCUGCCCCGAAAGGGUCCUCCCUUAUGGCCCUCUCUCUCUCUCUCUCUCUCUCUCUCUCUCUGCUGAUAGUGUUGGAUAGGACUUGUAAGAUUCUAGCCCGAAGCUUUUUUUCGGGCUUUUUCACUAGGGUCGGGCUUGAGAGGCCCGGGCCCGGUGUCUCUACACGCAUAUUUUUACUCAUUAGCAAUUUUUUUUGUGCUGCAUGCAUGCACUACUUUGUACUGCAGAUUAUACAUGCAAUGAAAUAAAAAAUAUAUGGUGACUAGAUACAUAGGCUAACUUAUCAGUUAAUAUGAAGAUUUCUUAGACCCUUCUUCGUAGAAUCGUCAGGAAGAUGGGUGGGUAGUGUGCCGCGUCUUCAAAAAGCAGGCAUUCUUCAGAGAUUGCGCCCUGCAGAGCACCGGCCGCGGCGUCGCCGACAACAUGCUCUACCCGGCGGCGGCGGCGAUGGCGGCCAGAGAGUCCGUUUACGUUGACCGCCACCAGCCGACCGUCGUCCGCCACGAGGGCGGUGGCGCCUGCAAUCAGGACUUCUCCCUCCACCGCCAGCUGUACCCUCUGUCGUUGCAGGAUCUACUCUCCGGCCACCGGCCGCCGGCGAGCAACGGAGAGUGGAUGAUGCUGGAUGGCGGCGCCGCCAACGCCAGGCACAGGAUUCCGGCGACGGCGGCGCAGCUGCUGGACCAGAUACACCUCCACCAUCACCCUGGAGACACGGAGCUGUGGGGAUAUGGAAAAAAGAGCAGCCUUUAA